GUAAAGCUCGAACAAAACGUAGGUAAGCCCUCAAGGGUAAUCCACAUCCGCAACAUCCCAAGCGACGUUUCGGAAGCAGAAAUAAUUCAUCUCGGACUCCCCUUCGGAAGGGUCACAAACGUUUUGGUAUUGAAGGGUAAAAAUCAAGCGUUUUUGGAGAUGGGCGACGAACAAUCAGCCACGACUAUGGUGAACUACUUCUCCAAUUGCAUCGCGCAGCUAAGAGGCCGUGCAGUUUAUGUACAGUACUCGAAUCACAAGGAGCUGAAGACCGAUCAAACACAUUCCAAUGCGAAUGCUUCAGCCCAGGCAGCACUUCAAGCAGCUCAGGCUAUAACUCCAGCUGCUAACGUCGUUACUAACGGACAGGAUAUACAGGGUGGCCCAAAUACAGUCCUUAGAGUUAUUAUCGAGCACAUGAUCUACCCUAUAAGCUUAGAUAUUUUACAUCUGAUAUUCCAGCGAUUUGGAAAGGUUUUGAAAAUUGUAACUUUCACCAAAAAUAAUGCUUUCCAAGCACUCAUCCAAUAUCCAGAUACUCAAUCUGCACAAACUGCCAAACAGGCUUUAGAUGGCCAAAACAUAUACAACAGCUGUUGUACUUUGCGCAUCGAUUAUUCAAAAAUGUCGUCGUUAAAUGUGAAAUACAACAACGAUAAAUCCCGAGAUUUCACAAAUCCGAGCUUACCAACCGGCGAAGGAGGAGAUCCGAUGCCUUUGACUGCAGGAUUGGCAGGUGGAAUCGGAGCUGAUAUUUUACUUCUAGCUACACAACCGAGAUUGGCUAGAGAACGAUUAGCAGAUUCUAUACUCUCAGGUUCACCUGGUGUCCUGGCUAGCCCAUUUAUGCAUGGUUUAGCCUCUCCUCUGGGUGCUCCCUAUAACGGCGCUAGCGUUGGAGGUGGUUUACCAGGUCUAGCCAAUUUCCCAUUGGGCCAAGCAGCUCCUGGAUUAAGAGGUCUGGCCUCGCCCGGUCUGGCUAUGGCUACGGUUCUUUUAGUCAGCAAUCUUAACGAAGAGAUGGUCACGCCUGACGCUCUCUUUACACUAUUUGGGGUAUAUGGUGAUGUACAACGGGUAAAGAUUUUGUACAACAAGAAGGAUUCAGCCUUAGUUCAAUUGGCGGAACCACACCAAGCCCACUUGGCCAUAACUCACAUGGACAAAUUAAAGGUAUUCGGUAAAAACAUUAGAGUAAUGUUAAGCAAGCACCAGAGCGUACAAAUGCCUAAAGAAGGCCAACCCGAUGCCGGUUUAACCAAAGAUUACAGCCAGAGUCCAUUACAUAGAUUCAAGAAGCCGGGAUCUAAGAAUUAUCAGAAUAUUUACCCACCUUCUUCGACUUUACAUUUAAGUAACAUUCCUGCGACCAUCAACGAAGAGGAUAUCAAGGAAGCUUUCGAGAAGAACGGUUUCACCGUCAAAGCUUUUAAAUUUUUCCCAAAAGACAAAAAGAUGGCUCUAAUCCAACUACCCAGCAUGGACGACGCAGUUGUAGCCCUGAUAAAGAUGCACAACUAUCAGCUGUCCGACUCUAACCAUUUAAGAGUCUCGUUUUCAAAAUCUAACAUUUAA